UUGACCUCGUUUCUCCUAUCUUUCGUGGAGAGGCCAGGAGAGAGCUUUUGAGCUGUCCGCGCUUUGCUCUCAUUAAAUUGAUUGACCUCGUCUCCUUUUCUCAUCUUCAAUUCGGGGGCAAUUUUUGGCCCUUGGAAUUUAUCCCAAUUGCAGCGAAACUCAACUGACGCAUAGAGGGUUUCUGAGCAAUUCCCAGGGCUUGAAUGACAAUGGUGGCGGCAGCGACCGCUGGCACCGGGCCUCGUUAUGCUCCUCACGAUCCCACGCUUCCCCAUCCCUGGAGAGCGCUGGUUGAUGGCAAUACUGGCUAUCUGUACUAUUGGAAUCCUGAGACCAAUGUUACCCAGUAUGAAAAACCCCUUCCUCCAACUCAACCUCCUCCGUUGCCACCUGGUCCACCACCCAGUGUGACUCCCUCGCACGCCAUCCCUGUGGAGACCCAGCCCCAGCCCCAGCCCCAGCCCCAGCCCCAGCCGCAGCCUCAGCCUCAGCCACACCACCACCAUCAGCAGCAGCAACAUCACCAGCAACAGCAACACCAUCAACAGCAACAACAUCCGGCGGGUAAUUCUGAUGUCACUAUAAAUGGUACUCUUAUGCCUUCCCAUCACAAGAUUGCAGCCGUUCCCAUCUUGCGAAAUCAAGACCAGGGGAUGGGUGGAAUGCACCCUUCACAUGUGCCGGUUGGAGUUGCUAAUGGUUCCACAAUAACGGCUACCCAAGGUCCAGGUCAAAUGAACGGCUCUUUCAAGUAUGGGCCAAGUGGACCCAAUUAUGGUGUUCCAGCUGUUAAGCAAUCUCCAGGAUCGCACAUAGCCAGUCAGCCUCCUAGUUCAGGAUCUGUGGAUGCAUAUCGGAUGGAGCAUGAAGUUUCUGCCACGGGAGACAAUGUUCCUGCCCCAUUUAUGACGUUUGAUCAAGCUGGAUUGCCACCGGAAAUGCUUCGAGAGCUACAAAAUGCAGGUUUCACGAGUCCUACUCCCAUACAGGCACAAUCUUGGCCUGUUGCUUUACAGAACAGGGACAUUGUAGCCAUUGCAAAGACAGGUUCUGGAAAGACUUUAGGGUAUCUCAUGCCUGCAUUUAUUCAUUUGCGACGUCAUCACAAAAAUUCACAGAUGGGUCCUACUGUGCUUGUUUUGGCACCUACACGAGAGCUUGCUACUCAAAUACAAGAUGAAGCUGUAAAGUUUGGCAGAUCGUCCAGGAUAUCAUGCACGUGUUUAUAUGGAGGAGCGCCAAAGCCUCCUCAGUUGAGGGAAUUGGAAAGAGGAGCAGAUAUUGUUGUUGCUACUCCAGGAAGGCUCAAUGAUAUUCUAGAGAUGAAAAGAGUGAGCUUGAAACAGGUAUCAUUUUUAAUACUGGAUGAAGCUGAUCGCAUGCUAGAUAUGGGUUUUGAGCCCCAGAUAAGAAAAAUAGUAAAUGAAAUUCCUCGACAAAGACAAACCUUGAUGUACACUGCAACUUGGCCCAAGGAGGUCCGGAAGAUAGCUGGUGAUUUAUUGAUGAAUCCGGUCCAGGUUACUAUAGGAGAUGUUAACGAACUCUCUGCAAAUAAGUCAAUUACUCAGUAUAUAGAAGUAGUACCACCAAUGGAAAAACAGAGAAGAUUGGAACAGAUUCUCCGGGGACAAGAACCAGGUUCUAAAAUUAUAGUGUUCUGCUCAACCAAAAGGAUGUGUGACCAGAUUGCUCGUAGUCUUGGUCGUUUUGGAGCUGCUGCUAUCCAUGGUGAUAAGUCUCAAGGAGAAAGAGAUUGGGUUUUAGCUCAGUUCAGGUCUGGGAAAUCCCCAGUGUUGGUUGCAACGGAUGUAGCUGCGAGAGGUCUUGAUAUCAAAGAUAUAAGGGUUGUGGUAAACUAUGACUUUCCUACUGGUGUUGAAGAUUAUGUUCAUAGAAUAGGGCGAACAGGUCGAGCUGGUGCCACAGGAUUGGCAUAUACAUUUUUUUCUGACCAGGAUGGAAAAUAUGCACCUGAACUAAUCAAGGUUCUGGAAGGUGCAAAUCAAAAAGUUCCUUCAGAGUUGAGGGAUAUAGCUGCUCGUGGUGGAAGUUUUAUGAAAGGCCGUGGUGGAAGAUGGGAUUAUGGAGGACGAGGUGGAAGGGACAUGGGUCGUGGCUUCAGUGCUGGUCGUGGAGAAACUUACAAUGGUGGCCGUGGGGAUUCCUUUGGUGGCAGAGGAGGAUGGGGAGCUUCUGGAGGUAGAUUUGACAGAAAUGAUAGAGGGGGAUAUGGAGGCCGUGGGAGGUAUGAGCGGGAUACACGUGACAGAUAUGACAGUGGUCGUGUUAAUUUUGAAACAGAUUAUCAUGAUCGUCAUGAUAGGGGACGGCAUGACAAAUAUUUGGGUGACAAGGAGAAGUCCCGAGAUAGUUCUAGAAGAUCUGAUGAUCGAGACAGGGGUCGUAGUUAUAGUCAGAGCUAUAGCAGAAGCCCAAGUAGAAGUAGAGGGCGGAACUAUAGUCAGAGCUCAAGCCGCAGCCGUAGUCGCAGCCGUAGCCGCAGUCGCAGCCGCAGCCGCAGCCACAGCCUUGAUAGAUACAAUGAUAGGUUCAAUACAUACAGGGGUGGUCCACCUGAGAACAUUGUUGGAAACUCACCAUGGAGAGGAGGGCCACCAACAUCGAGGAGAAACGGGUCUCCUGACUUAUCCUUUUCACCUAGAAGGGGUAGAUCACCUCGUAUGCUUCCAAUGAAUAACAGAGAUGUUUCCCCACCUGGCACCAGGUCACCCUAUCGUGGAGGUCCUUUGAUCGAGAAAGGCACCGCUUUAUGAGAGUCCUGGCCUAAUCCAGUCAUAUUAUGCAUUUGAAUGUUUACCCUGUUUUUGCAGUUACAACUCUUAUUGUCAUGAUCACGAUUGAAUUUUUUGCAACUAAAAUCUCUAACUCCAAUUGGUCUGGCUCAAUAGUAUCACAAACAGAAUUCAUAUCUGAAUUGUAUUUCACUUUUAAGAUAUUCAAUGAUCGGUACCAUGUAAACCAGGAUCAGAAUUAUCUAUAUAUAAUACAAUGAUUGGUCUACUGAUCUUCAUGUUCUAA